AUGGCAUACAUGUCUCGCACUGCUUCCAUGCUCCCUCCCGGAUCCUCGGCCACAUCCUCGUUUCGUCAGCCAAACCAACAAUCUACAACAAUCUCACAGCAACAGUCUUCGGUCCUAGCAUCCCGCAUUGCAGCAAAAAGGGCUGAACUAGACAAUCUGAGGCAGCUUCGUGAUAUGAGUGCAGCACUGGCCUCGCAGAUGCAGGCUUUGCAGGACAAGCUUGGGACCCUCAAGGAUGGCACAGAAGCUGUCGCGUGUGUCCUUGCAAACUGGGAUAAUGUACUGCGGGCAAUCAGCAUGGCCUCGACGAAAGCCGCGAACUUGAACUUACCGAUGGAACACACACCAGAUUCAACUACCAAAAGACUACCGAAUGGCUCACCUAUGCCUGCUACUCUGGUACGGAUCCCCGUUUCAAAGCAGGAAGAGCCUCCUAGCCAGUGA